UGAAGUGAGUUCCUCCACCAAUCAUCCGAACAACAAACAACGCGACUAAAAUUAGUAGCGCACUCGAAUUUCAGAAUCAGUACGAACUGAAUUAUCGCGCCAGCAGCAACAAAGCGGAGCUAGUCGGAGAAACGGUUGUUUGUGCAGUGGAUGAAAAGAAGUUGCAAAAAAUAAAAUAAAUAUUUGUAUGUACAUAGAUACAUAAAAUAAGCAGGCGUGUAAACAAGUGCAGUUGCUUGUAAAAUAUAUUUAUAUACCACAAAAAAAAAAAACAUACAAAAAACAAACAAAAUAUUUUCAGACAGCCUUUUGUGCAAAUACAUAAUUAAACAAAUAAAAUGGAGUUCAACAAUCGUCUGUUGCUGAAAAUCAUUGAGCUGGGCAUCGCGAUCGCCUGCAUUGUGCUAUGGGAGACCUCUGGCGACCUCUCCUCAAGACCGCUGAUUGUUUGCGGUACUUUGGGAGGUUUCACUAUCAUUUGCGGUGUACUGCUGAUUG